AUGGACGAAGAGGUCGCCGCACUUGUUGUUGAUAACGGCAGUGGAAUGUGCAAGGCUGGAUUUGCUGGUGAUGAUGCUCCUCGUGCCGUAUUUCCUUCAAUUGUUGGACGCCCUCGACACCAGGGUGUCAUGGUUGGAAUGGGUCAAAAGGAUUCGUAUGUGGGAGAUGAGGCUCAAAGCAAAAGAGGUAUCUUGACUUUGAAAUACCCGAUUGAGCACGGCAUUGUCACGAACUGGGACGACAUGGAGAAGAUCUGGCAUCACACUUUCUACAACGAACUUCGUGUUGCUCCUGAAGAACAUCCAGUGCUUUUAACUGAGGCUCCUCUCAACCCAAAGGCUAACCGUGAAAAGAUGACUCAAAUCAUGUUUGAGACAUUCAACACGCCUGCCAUGUAUGUUGCCAUCCAAGCUGUUCUUUCUUUGUAUGCUUCUGGACGUACUACUGGAAUUGUUCUUGACUCUGGUGAUGGUGUCACCCACACAGUUCCAAUUUAUGAAGGUUAUGCUUUGCCUCACGCAAUCUUGCGUCUUGACUUAGCGGGACGUGAUUUGACCGACUACUUGAUGAAGAUCCUCACUGAACGUGGUUAUUCUUUCACCACAACCGCCGAACGUGAGAUUGUACGUGACAUUAAAGAGAAGCUUUGCUAUGUUGCUUUGGACUUUGAGCAAGAGAUGGCUACAGCUGCUUCGUCUUCUUCUUUGGAAAAGAGCUACGAAUUGCCUGACGGUCAAGUCAUUACUGUUGGAAACGAGCGCUUCCGUUGCCCAGAAUCUCUCUUCCAGCCAUCUUUCUUGGGUAUGGAAUCUGCUGGUAUUCACGAGACCUCUUACAACUCAAUCAUGAAGUGCGACAUUGACAUCCGUAAAGACCUUUACGCCAACACUGUCCUUUCUGGAGGUACAACCAUGUAUCCAGGCAUUGCUGAUCGUAUGCAGAAGGAAAUUACUGCUUUGGCACCAUCAACAAUGAAGAUUAAGAUUAUUGCACCUCCUGAGCGUAAAUACUCUGUUUGGAUUGGAGGAUCUAUCCUUGCUUCAUUGUCUACCUUCCAGCAAAUGUGGAUCAGCAAGCAAGAGUAUGACGAAUCUGGUCCAUCUAUUGUUCACCGUAAAUGCUUCUAA